UAGAGGGGAGGGCGGACGGGGAUGCGCUCGGCUGGGGCGGUCGCUGCCAGCACUACUUGGGUCUCCGCAGCCGACGCUGAGCCACGGCGAAACCAGUUCCAGACCCUGGUGGGGGGGCCAUGGUGGCGGCUUCUCCCGCUGCAGCCGCGGCCAUGAGGAAGAGCUUCCUGGUGCCCGAGAUCAAGCCCUUGGAUCAGUAUGAUUUCUCUCGGGCACGCAGCUCUGCCAGCUUGGCUUGGGUGCUCGCCAAGGGCUAUGGAGGUGCAGAGCACAUCCCUGCUGAGCUGCACGAGCCCUUCUAUACAGACCAGUAUGAACAGGAGCACAUGAAGCCUCCUCUUAUCCGCCUGCUGCUAUCUUCUGACAUCUACUGCCGUGCCUGGCGUCAGGCCUUACCCCCAGGCCCUGAUGGUGCCUCAGCCCCCAAGGAUAACGCUGCCUUGCUACAACUUCUGGCCCGUCGUGGCUUGGUGCCCACCUUCCAAGACAAGCCUAUCAAGGAGGCGGACUUGCACCACAAGCCAAUCAGGCUG